AUGAGCAGGGAGAGUGAUGACGGAUAUGGAGAGUUGAAGCUUCUCCCCUCUGGACAGAGAUACAAAGCUCCAAAGUCCAGGUCGAACAAGAGUUCAACAGGGAACCCAUCGAGCAGCAGUAGCAGCAGUAGUGAGGAUGACGAGGACAUGAGCACUGGGGACAGAGAAGGUUACAUCUGCGCUGUGUGUUUGGAUGUGUACUUCAGCCCUUACAUGUGUCAUCCCUGCAAUCACAUCUUCUGUGAACCCUGUCUGAGGACACUGGCUAAGAACAGCCCCACCAACACCCCCUGCCCCCUCUGCAGAACAAUCAUCACACAUGUCUUCUUCCAGAAGGAGCUAAACCAAACAGCAAGGACAUUCUUCCCAAAGGAAUACCUUUCACGGAAACAGAACUUCCAGAAAGCAAGUUGUGCAAAAUGGCCUCUACCAAGCUGCCGAAAACUGUUUCGUAUCUUUGGAGGCUUCCAGAGGCAGUCCAGUCCCAUUGCUAGACGGCAGUUCCCCCAAGGAGGAGGCUACCGUCUGGAUGCUAUGGACUUUGAGGAUGACUCUCGAGGCUGGCGCUUUGACAUGGACAUGGUCAUCAUCUACAUCUACUCAGUUAACUGGAUUAUUGGCUUCUUUAUAUUCUGCUUCCUUUGCUACCUCUUCUUCCCUUCUUUUUGACAGUCUUGGCAACACAGAUGGAGCAACAGAGAAAGAGGAAAGGUUAAAGGUACUGAAGGAUUGAGGUUAAAGUAAGAAAUUAAAGAUGAAGGAGAGGGCAAGCACGUACGUACAUAUAGGGAAGAUGGGAAAACUGAGCUUCAGGGUUUAAUGAGAAGACAAUGAGUGAAUUUCAAGCAGGUGGGAUGGCGUGAUGGAGGGAAAACAGCAGUGUGCCAGCUUGUUGUCGCUCAUUAAUAAAUGAUUGAAAUGGGGAUAAGUAGGGUGUAGAGGGAUGUUUGGGAAUCCAGUGUUCUCUGGUCUCUGUCUCCACAUGAUGCACAUGUAAUGAGAGUUGCACAUGUCCUGUCCCUGUACAGAGGGGAAGUAAUAUACCAUCUCCCAGAACAUUACAUUUCAGUAUAUCCACAGGUAUUGCAUAUUCCAAUAAUAAUAAAAAGGACUAACAUGAGUGGGCACUUUUGGGGUGGAUUUUUAUGUUUAUGCAACCUCAGAAAACAUAUUGGAUUUAAAUAAUUACUCUUUGGUAUGGGUUGCAACCAUUUAUUCAUGGUUUUGUGGACCUUAGUGUUCCAAUUUACCACCAUACAUCAUAUUGCUACUAAAACCUUUUUAAUAGCCACUUGCGUUUUACUAUGAAGUAUGUCUUGCUAGAUGUUUUCAUUUGCUGAGGGUUUUUUUCGAUGCAAAGGAAGUUUGUGUUUUGUUUGUACUCAAGCACCCCCUGGAGGGAACAAGUGUUUGGUUGUACUAAGUCGC